GAGGGAAGUUAUAGUAGCAUGACUAUCUAUCUAUGAGGGAGGGAGACAUUCAGACAGACAGUACCCAAGAGACAGAAACGCAAAUACCAACCGAAACAAUCUUCUGUUGAAUUUCUUCUCAUCCUUUAUUGCUACUGCGACUGCAACUAUCUAUCUGCUCUCUCUCUCUCUCUCUCUCUACAUUCUCUUACAAUGUCAGCAUUUUAGCAGCAAGACCUCUACACCUCCACUCAAUCCAUUUCUACUUCCCCUCCGCUCUGUGCAACACCAUCUACUUCCCCUCCGCCAUGUCUUCCAAAUCCAAAUCCACUUUAUCUGAAUCUUCCAACAGCAAAGCAUCACCAGCUACUCCCAGGGUGAGUAAAUUAAGCAGGGGAGUGGCUAAAUCUGACAUCGAUUCACCCUCUAAAUUAAGCCGGGGAGUGGCUAAAUCUGACACUGAUUCACCCGCUUCCCUGCAAAAUCCACGCCAUUCUGUUGAUAGGUCCCCAAGAUCUGUCAUUUCGAAGCCUGCGGUGGACAGGCGGUCGCCAAAGCUCAGUACCCCACCUGAUAAACAACCAACACGGGUAUUGAAAGGAUCAGAAUUACAGGCCCAAUUGGGUCUUGCUCAGGAAGAACUUAAGAAGGCAAAGGAGAAGGUAAUUUUGGUUGAGAAAGAAAAAGCGCAAGCCAUCGAGGAAUUGAAAGAAGCCCAAAAGUUGGCUGAGGAAUCAAAUGAGAAGCUCAGGGAGGCUUUGGUGGCUCAAAAGCGAGCCGAAGAGAAUUCUGAGAUUGAGAAAUUCCGUGCAGUUGAGAUGGAGCAGGCAGGAAUUGAGGUGGCUCAGAAGAAGGAAGAGGAGUGGCAGAAAGAGUUUGAAUCAGUGAGAAACCAGCAUGCUUUGGAUGUGUCUGCUCUUCUCUCUGCCACUCAGGAGCUCCAAAGGUUGAAGCAAGAACUGGCAAUGACUUGCGAUGCAAAAAACCAGGCCCUUAGCCAUGCUGAUGAUGCAACUAAGAUUGCGGAGAUUCAUGCCGAGAAGGUGGAGAUUCUUUCAGCUGAAGUGGUCAAGUUGAAGGCAUUGCUUGAUUCCAAGCGUGAAAUGGAGGCUGAUAAGAACAACAAAUUGGUGUCUGAGCUGAGCUCAGAGAUAGAGACUCUAAAACAGGAGCUUGAGGAAGCAAAAUGUUUUGAGGAUAAGCUGAUGGAAAAAGAGGAUUUGCUGGAGAAACUUAAUGUUGAGAUGGAGGCUGCGAAAAUGGCUGAAUCUUAUGCACGUAAUUUAGUGGAGGAGUGGAAGAAGAGGGUUGAGGAAUUAGAGACACGGGCUGAGGAAGCAAAUCGAUUAGAGAGAUCUGCAUCAGAAUCCUUGGAAUCAAUUAUGAAACAACUAGAGGGAAGCAAUGAUCUAUUGCACGAUGCAGAGUCUGAAAUUGCUGCUCUUAAGGAGAAGGUGGGGUUAUUGGAAAUCUCAAUGAGGAGACAGAAAGGGGAGCUUGAGGAAUCAGAACGUCGAUUUGAUGUGGCCAAGGAAGAAGCUUCAGAAAUGGAGAAAAGGGUUGACUCCCUACAGUCUCAGCUUGAAACUCUGAAGGAGGAGAAAAUCCAGGCCUUGAACAAUGAGAAGCUCGCAGCAACCAGUGUUCAAACUCUUUUGGAAGAAAAAAACAAACUCAUAAAUGAUCUGGAAAGUUCCAGGGAUGAAGAAGACAGAAGUAAGAAGGCGAUGGAAAGUUUAGCUUCAGCCUUACAUGAAGUUUCUUCAGAAGCAAGAGAAGCCAAAGAAAAGCUAUUGUCUGUUCAAGCCGAGCAUGAAAGUUAUGAAACACAAAUAGAAAAUUUGAAGUUGGUAUUGAAAGCGACAAAUGAGAAGUAUGAAACGAUGCUUGAUGAUGUCAAACAUGAGAAUGAUGUUCUCAUUAAUUCAAUCGAACAAUCUAAGCAUGAAUACCAGAAUUCCAAGGCAGAGUGGGAGCAAAAAGAGCUUCAUUUGGUGAAUUGUAUAAAGCAAUCAGAGGAAGAAAACACUUCCAUGGAAAAAGAAGUAAAGAGGCUGCUUAAUAUGCUUAAAGAGGUUGAGGAAGAAGCUUGUGCUACAAAGGAAGAAGGAUCUCAGCUGAAAAAUACCUUAAAGGAGGCUGAAUCUGAGGUGAUUUAUUUAAAGGAAGUGCUUGGGGAAGCAAAGGCUGAGAGCUUGAGAUUGAAGGAGAGUUUACUGGACAAAGGAAAUGAAUUGGAUUGUGUUAUUCAGGAGAAUGAGGAGCUUCGAAGUAGAGAAGCUGCUUCUUUCAAGAAGGUCGAGGAGUUGUCGAAAUUGCUCGAAGAAGCUAUGGCAAGAAAGAAAGCGGAGGAGAAUGGUGAGCUCACAGACAGUGAAAAAGAUUAUGAUAUGCUCCCAAAGGUGGUAGAAUUCUCUGAACAGAAUGGAGAUGGUAGAGAAGAGAAGCACAAACUAGAGCUUCCACCUCAACAAUCUGAGCUACCUGUAAAAGAAAAUUCUCAGGAAGAGAGAGGUGUCUUGUCUAAUGAGGCAGUUCAAACGGGUACUGGUAAAGGUGAGGAUAUAAAUGGAACACUAAAAGAGAACGAAAGCAAAGAAAAAGAAGUAGAUGAUGCUGUAGAAGUUGAUUUUAAGAUGUGGGAGACCUGCAAGAUUGGAGAAAAAGAUUUUUCGCCUGAGAGAGAGCCGGAGCCGGAAUCCUUUGAAGAGGAACUUGACUCAAAGGUGGAUGCUGGUGAGAAUUAUGACCAGAUGAAUGGGUUAUCUUUGACAGAAAACAUUGACAAUGGAGGAAAUUCACCAUCGAAGCAGCAAAGUCAGAAGAAGAAGAAACCUUUGCUCCGGAAGUUUGGAAGCUUACUCAAGAAGAAGGGCACUAGCAACCAGAAGUAAUUGUUGAAGUGUGGCAUGUCUAGUGCCUGACUAACAGGCAGGUAUAUUGGAUUCUAUCUUGCACCUGAAUGUGUUUGUUGUAUGCUUUUUUGCUUCUCAUUUUUAGAAUAGGGGAAAAAUAUGAAGAGGCUUGUAUUAUCCUUAGAUUUUCUUUUUCUCUUUCCUUUUUUAUUGUGGUUUCCGAUGUUGGGAAGUUUCUUCUAUGCGAUAUUGUGAUGAAGAUCUUUUCGCUUUUUAACUUGUUAUUUUGUUCCUUCUUAUCAAUUUUCAUGGAAAGGAGUGAUAACUUUUAAAAUUGUAUUUUAUUGUGCUUCCAUCCAUCUCUAUGAAUAAUCAUCGUACAUCAAUUUAGACUCUUAUGUUGCAAAAA